AGCGUGUAAUAAACCUAAAAUGAAAGGGACAGAGAAACGCACAACGUGACAUCUUGUGAAAGUGAAAGUUGGGAAGACCGACAUAUUCCUAAGACACCGAAGCUGCAUUCAUUGCGCAAGGACAGAAGAUGUCUUUAUCCAAGCAGAGCCCCUACAUGAAACCGCCAACCCCCUUUGUAGGGAGCAUCCUGGGCGGUCUGCAGGAAGGACAAAGCAUCACGGUUGCAGGAUCGGUCCCGCUGGCCAGUGAGAGUUUUAAGGUGAGCCUGCAGAGCGGCUCAGAGAAGCAGGCCGACAUCGCCUUACAAUUCAAUGCCAAGUUCGACAAGCGCCAAGGCUAUGUGGUCUGUAACACCUUCAGGAACAAUCAGUGGGGCAAAGACAAGCGAAAGCAGCUGGCGGCCAACAAACGUGGCUCCAAUUUCACCCUCGUCAUCAUCGUCACCCGCGACUCCUACUCGAUUUCUGUUGAUGGAUUUCACCUUUUGGAAUAUAAGCAUUUCCUUCCUUUCCGAAAAGUGGAUACCAUUGCAGUGUCCGGGGGUGUGCAGGCGGAGUUCAUCAGUUUUGAGAACCCAAAUAUUCCUCCGUCUGCUCCCAUCUUCUUCUUCUCCAAUGCUGUUGAUUGGCUGAGUUCUUGGAUGAAAAAGAUACAACCUUCCCUCCCAGAAUGCCAUGUGACACCGUACAGCUGCUCUGUGCCUGGAGGGAUGUACUCGGGGCGCAGUGUUACCAUCCAGGGGGUGAUCAAGGCCAAAGCAGUCAGGUUUCACAUCAAGCUCUGCUUCAAAGAGGGGGUGGCUUUCCUCUUUAAGCCAGAAUUCAAAGAGGGGGUGGUGGUGCGCAACAGCCAGCUGAAGGGGGCCUGGGGACACGAGGACCAAUCGGGGGCCAUGCCCCUCUGCCAGGGACAGGCCUUUGUGAUAACCAUCACGUCCAACAGUGACUACUACAAGGUGUUUGUCAACGGCGCCCACUUCUUUGACUACCCGCAUCGCUACGACUGCCUGCAGAGUGUUGAUUUUAUGGAGGUGGACGGGGACACGAGUGUGAUCUCUGUAGAGGUGUGAGGUCACCCAACGAAGAGGAGCCAGAAAGUGUGUUAGCUGUCAUUUAUCUGGUCUCUCUCAGGAAGACCCGGAACACUGACAACGCCACAAACUUCCUCCUGGUUUGUACUGGUGUGCUUCCAUUAAUAUCCUCUCUUUCUGCCAGUGCUAAUUUUGGCGGCAAAUUUUACAAUAUCGGCAGUCAUACAUAUAUGUUCAGUUCUAUGUCACGUGAAAAUAAAUAUGGUGAAAAAGUU